ACCAGCCGACUAAGCUCAGCUGAUAUGGGGCCUCGGGUGGAAGAAUCCUUUACUUUGGUGAUAAGGAUUUUGCAAGAAAUCAGCUAAUUUUCAAUAUAAAAACUCACGCUUCGAUCUGAAUCGGUACACUUUCCAUUUUGGUGUUCUGAGGUGAACACAACCGGAAUAGCAUUUCAGCUUCGGACGUUUAACGAAAAUGUUUGUCAAACUACUCGUCCUCGCUUUUGGUAUGUACUAUCGGGAUGGAGUGUUCUAAUGCGAUCAAUCAAUCUAACAUCAUCGUUUUUAUCACAAUUUUAUCGACAGUGGGGAUCAGUGCUGCCUAUCAGUACGACUACAAAAAUGAGUUCUACUACAGCCGACCGGAGAACAAAACUGGCUACGAGUAUGGCGCCUGGGAACCGAACCGUGAAUACGUCUACAAUGUUACUUCCAUGACGCUGACGGCUCUGCACGAUCUCGACGACCAGUGGACCGGAAUUUACUCCCGGGCCCGUUUGGUCCUGCGGCCAAAGGAACCGAAUUACGUGGUUGGCUACGUCGAGAACCCUGAGUAUGCCGUGAUGAACGAGCGUUUGCCUCAAGGAUACCGUACUCACUUCCAUGAACAUAACCUCCAAUACAAACCGUGGCCGAUGAGCUCCAAGCCGUUCGGAAUUCGUUACCACAAGGGAUACAUCACCGGUUUGUACGUCGAACAAACCAUUCCCAACAAUGAGGCAAACAUCCUGAAGGCUUGGGUCAGCCAGUUCCAGCUGGAUACCUAUGGAUCGAACAAGAUCAACUCCAAGUACAACCAGUUCCCGGAGAACAACUCCUUCACCGGAGCCUACAAGGUCAUGGAACCAUCGGUCACUGGCAAUUGCGAAACUUUGUACGAUGUCAACGCUGUUCCUGAGUACAUGACCCGUUCCUACCCAGAAUGGGUUCCACAACCGCAACUCCGUGAGGAUGGCCAGUACUACUUUGAAGUUGUAAAGACCAUGAACUACGAUAACUGCGAGCAACGCAUGGGAUACCACUAUGGCUUCAGCGGCGAUAGUGACUUCAAGCCGAACACUAACCAGAUGGGAAAUUUCGCCUCCAAAUCUGCCGUGUCUCGCCUGUUCCUCAGCGGUAGCUGGUACAACUACACCAUCCAAUCGUCAAGCACCACCAACAAGGUUGUGAUCGCUCCGUCCCUGGUCAACCAAGAGAAGGCUAUGGUCUACUCUCAGGUCAACGCAUCGCUCUACGGAGUGUAUCCUUACGAGAAAAACCCACAAGGCCCAGCCGAUGACCGUCAGGUGUAUGUCGAUCUGGUCUACAGCUACAACAUGCCCAGCGACAAGAAGAACAGCGUUCGUCCAGGAAACGAAACCGAUUCGUCCUCCUCCUCAUCAUCGUCAUCGUCGUCGUCCUCGUCAUCAUCUUCGUCUUCUUCAUCGUCUUCCGACUCAUCAUCAUCUUCAUCGUCGGAUUCUAACUCGUCAAGCUCUUCGGACUCUUCCAGCUCCAGUUCGGAAUCCCAGGAGAACGAAAAACGCAGCCCUGCUGAAAACUACGCCAACAAAUUGAAAGAAUCGAAGAGCCGACAGCGUCGCGAUCUGAAUGCCUACAAGGAAAAGCAAUAUUAUCAGGCCUAUAAGAUGGACCAGUACCGAUUGGGUCGCCCAAAUGAUACCAGCUCGGACUCGAGCAGCUCUGACUCAUCAUCUUCGUCCAGCUCAUCGGAAUCCAACGAACAUAACCAGGGAAGAAACAACAGCUCAUCAUCCUCUUCCUCAUCGUCUUCUUCGUCGUCGUCAUCAUCGUCCUCUUCUUCGUCCUCGUCGUCGUCAUCAUCUUCUUCGUCUUCGUCAUCCUCUUCUUCGGAAUCGUACUCUGUGGAGAGUGAUGAAGCCUACUACCAGCCAGCCCCGGAAAGCUUCAAAGAUGCCCCGCAAACUCCAUUCUUGCCGUACUACACCGGAUACAAGGGAUACAGCGUUCAGUAUGCUCGCAACUUUGAUGCCCCACGUGCCAUCUACAAGCUAGUCCAGGAAAUUUCUGAUGAGCUCCAGAACCCAUCGUCGCUCCCGAAAUCCAACACCUUGAGCAAAUUCAACAUCUUGUCUCGUGUCAUUCGUACCAUGAGCUACCAGGAAAUCUACGAUGCCGCACAGAAAUACUUCGUUUCCCAGAAGGAACGCAAGGAGGGAGACAACAACAGCGAGAAAUUCAGCAAACGCGUCGAUGCCUGGAAUACCUUCCGCGAUGCUCUGGCCGAGGCAGGAACUCCACCGGCCUUCAAGGUGAUCAAGGAGUACAUCGAAGAGAAGAAACUGCGUGGCCCCGAGGCUGCCAGCGUUAUCGCAACUCUGCCCCAGUCGAUCCGUUACCCAACCGAAGCCCUGAUGCAUGAAUUCUUCCUAUUGGUGACCUCUGAUACCGUCCAGCACCAGGACAGCCUGAACGUAACGGCCCUUUUCUCGUUCACCAAAUUCGUGAACCGUGCUCAGGUCAACAAUGCCUCGGCAUACAAUUACUAUCCGGUUUACAGCUUCGGACGUUUGGCUGAUUCGGACUACAAAAUAGUCGCUCACAAGAUCGUACCAUGGUUCGCCCAUCAAAUGCGUGAAGCUGUCAACGAAGGAGAUAGCAUUCGGAUUCAGGUGUACAUUCGUGCUCUCGGAAACCUAGGUCAUCCGGAAAUUUUGAACGUAUAUGAACCCUAUCUGGAAGGAAAGAUUCCCGUCAGUAACUUCCAGCGUCUUGCCAUGAUCGUCGCUUUAGAUGAGUUGGUCGAGAACUACCCGAAAUUGGCUCGUUCCGUUCUGUACAAGGUAUACCAGAACACCGGAGAUUUCCAUGAGAUCCGUAGUGCUGCCGUGUAUCUGUUGAUGCGCACACAACCACCGGCAGAAAUGCUCCAGCGUAUGGCCGAGUACACCAACUACGAUCCCAGCUCGUACGUGCGUGCUGCUGUGAAAUCCGCUCUGGAGUAUGCCGCCGAAGCCGAUGAAUACGAUGACGAUAACGAAUUUGCCGAGAAUGCUCAAGCUGCCUACAAACUGUUGAACCCGGAUGUUUACAGCCUGCAGUACUCUUCUGCCUACAUUCGCGACUACGCCAUGGAAAACCUGGAUUACUCUUACCGCAUGUACAUUGCUCAGAUUGCCGCUGAUGACCAUUACUUGCCCAGUGGUUUGUUGUAUCAUAUGCACCAGAACUUCGGAGGUGUCAGACGUUACAGCACUUUCUACUACCUGGUUUCGAGCAUGGAGAGCUUCGUUGAUCUUCUGGACAAGCAGUACGAUACCGCCAGCAUCCAGGAUGACUACAAGUCUGCUGAUUACUACUACAAGUAUUACAAACAGUACCCGAACAAGAAGAGUGAAUAUUUCGAUAAGUACUACAAAUCUCAUGGACCGCAGAGCGAUUACUACCAGAAGUACAACAAGAACGAAUUCAGCGAAAAGGAUCCCCAGAAAUGGUCGACCACUCGCAUUGCCAAGCUGUUGAACAUUGACCCAGAGGAAGCCCAGGAGUUGGAGGGACAAUUUUUGAUGAAGAUUUUCAACGGAGAAUAUUUCUACGCAUUCAACAAUCAAUCGAUUGAGAACUUCCCACGUAGACUGAAGGAGUUCGCCGAAGACCUGGAAGAUGGUUACACCUUUAACAUCACCAAGUUCUACCAGCAGCAAGCCGUUACUCUAGCAUUUCCAUUGGCAUCUGGUUUCCCAUUCGUGUACACCCUGAAGACGCCAACCGUUGUCAAGGUUGAAACCGAAGCUACCGUCGAAACGCAUCCGGCCAUCUACAAGAAGGCUGCCGGAUACCCAGAGAAUGAAAAUGAUGAAUACUUCCACUGGCCACGUGUUGUCAACGGAUCGAUUGACGCCAAUCUACUGUAUCACCGUUUGGUUGAUGCCAAGGUUGGAUUUAUCACUCCGUUCGACCAUCAACGUUACAUCGCCGGUUACCAGCAAAAGUUCCAAGGAUAUCUGCCGUUCAGUAUGGAUUUCGAUUUUGAUUUCGAGAAUGACGAAUACGAAUUCGAGUACGAGUUCCUCGAACCAAAGGAAGACCACUUGCUGUUCCAUUUCAGCUCUUGGCCAUACACUGGAUACAAGGACAUCUCGGAAAUUCGCCCGAUCGCUGAAAGUCCGAAUGCCCGAAUUGUGCACGAUGAAGAACAGACGACUAAAACUUUCGAGAGCACCGUUGGAGACAAAAUGACCGGUUACGCUUUGCGCUUCUAUGCCAAGUACGAUACUGAUUUCUUCAACUAUGGACGUUUCUAUGAAAUGUUGCAAGACUACGAUUACGCCUCGGCUCUAUGGUAUCCGUUUGCGGCCCAGACUUACCACUACCAUCAGUUCAAUGUCUACUACGAUGCACAGCGUAGCGCUGCCAAGUCCAUGAAGUUCGCCUAUCACUACAAGGAGGGUGAUUUCGAUCAGGACUUCCAGGAGUCCGAUGCCAAACACCCGAAGGGACGUCAUGCAUACGCUGGAUACUACAACGAAAACAACUACGCUCAACCCUUUGACUACACCCCAGGUAGCCACCGUCGCCAGGAACAGUUCAUCAAGAAUGCCGCUGCCGGAAUCAGAAACAGUGAUGUUGCCGUUUACGAUUUUGGAUUUACGUUCGAAGGUCAUCAACAGAAGAGCGAGUACGUGUUUACGGCUGCUUACGCCGAUAGCCCAGUCGACGAGAAGUCCCGCUUCUUGUUCUUCUUCUCGGGCAGUCCCUACAGCCAAUCGAACCAAUUCUUCGGUGUCCCAUACAAGGGCAAACAGUUCCAGAUGUGCUUCUCGGCCCAGAACGAGUUCCCGAAUGUACCAAAACUGAACUUCAUCAACGCUUUGAACUACGAUGCCAGCUCAUCGAUGCGCUACGAAUUCGCUUAUGGUGAACGUUGCCAGGGUGGAGCUCAGAUCUCCAUGAAGGGUGAAAUGUCCCAAUCGGAUGAAUACCGCCAUUACCUACGCAUUUCCGAUGUCGGUCAGCGUUGCAAGCAGCAAAUGGACAACGGAUAUUACCAACUGCAAGAAUGUGAAAACGCUACCCGCCAGGCUAACUAUCUGGAUCAGUAUCAAUUCAACUUUGAGCUCAAGAAUGUCGACUCCUACGCCAAGAACUGGACCUACUACUUGGCUGACUACUUCCAAUACCAUACCUAUCCUUACUUCACCCCGAACUACUACUACAAGGGCAAGAGCAACCAGUAUCAGUUCAACUUCGAGAUGGCUCCCUACGGCGAUUACUACAAUGCUUCGUUCUACGCUCCAGACUAUGCCUUCGAAAUCGAGAACUACCCGAUGGAAAAUUACUACGCUCGUUACUUCUUUGCUGUUCAUCCCGAUAUGGAUUAUUACGAACGUGUUGCUUCCUAUGCCUACCGCGGAGAUUACCAACCUUCCUGCGCUGUAUCUGCCAAAUACAUCGAUACCUUCGAUGGAUAUACCUACGAAUACGAAAUGGGAGAGUGCUGGCAUGCCGUGUUGCACACUGUGAAGCCUGACUACGACUACUACGCUCAGCAGUCCCACUUCCAGAAUGCCGACAGCGAGUACCGCUUCAAGAAUGGAUUCGACGAGGAUGAACAGGUUACCAUCUUGGCCCGCUCCGGACCCAACAAGGAACUGUACUUCAAGGUUGUACUCGGACAGUACAAACAGAACGACUACAACAUCGACAUAAUCCCGAACGGUGCUGAGUUGCCGUUUGUCUACAUCAAUGGCAAGCCCCAGCAGAUCCACGAGAAAUACGCCGUUGAAUUGUACACCAACGAUCAGAAUGAUCAACCCUUCUUCCGUGCCUACGCUCGUCCUGGCAAGGAGUUGGAGAUCAGCAUCCGCGAUGACGAUAUUAAGAUUGCCUACGAUGGCUACCGUGCCCGGAUCUACGCCGACCAAUCGUACUACAACGAUUUCGUUGGUCUGUGCGGAACCAACAAUGGCGAAUACUACGAUGACUUCGUUUCACCCAACCAGUGCUACAUGAAUAAGCCGGAAUACUUCGCCGCUUCGUACGCCAUCACUGGCCAGAACUGCUCCGGACCUGCCCAAGCUUACAACAUUGCCUACCAGCAGGAAUCUCAGGAACAAUGCUACAAGCAGGAAUACUACUACGGAAACAUCAUCAGCGAACAGGAAGCCGGACGUAAGCGUUACCGUUAUUACAACCACUACGUCAACGAUGAUAGCUCAUCGUCUUCCUCGUCCUCCUCGUCAUCGUCGUCUUCCUCGUCCUCCUCGUCAUCAUCGUCUUCCUCGUCAUCGGAAUCCGGCUCGAACUCCGACUCUAACAGCUCUUCUAGCUCCUCGGAGGAAAAGGAAUACCAGCCCCACCAGCAGCGUCACACCGUGAAGGAAUGCGAACUGCAGCACCAGCACCAGAUCAUCGAACAGGGUGACCAGAUCUGUUUCACCUUGCGUCCGCUGCCGGCCUGCGCCUCACAGUGCUCCGCUUCCGAUAAGAGCCCGAAAUACGUCGAUGUGCACUGCCGCGACGCCAGCGAUAGUGCCGCUCAGCUGUUCAAGAAACAGAUUGCCCGCGGUGUCAACGUGGACCUGAGCGCCAAGACCGUUUCGAAGACCGUCAAGUUCAACCUGCCGAAGAGCUGCGUCUACAAUGCCGCAUAAGCUCUGAUGACCCGGAAACAAUAUUUAUAAUCUUAAUAACAGCAUUGCAAAAUGGAUUGUUUAUCCAGCAAAAAAAAA